ACGCGCGGCCAAACAAAUUCAGGAAAAAGACAAAAAUCUAUCGGCCGUCCCCAGCUUUGCCACCUCUUCUUCUCUCCCUCUUUUCUUCUCCCCCUCUCUCUCGGAGGAGCAGAAAACGGAAAAUACAGAAAACCCACCCACACUCAAUUAUCGUUUUCCGGUUUCAAAUCUCACUCCAAAAAAGCAAACAAAAACGAAAAGUGAAAUUCUCUCUCCCCUUUCGUUCUAGGGUUUCUGCAUUCGCGCAUUCUCUUCCUGCUCCGCUACUGCGAGCAUUGACUGCUCCGGGCUCGCGGAGACUUUCGAUUGCUGCCGAUUCGGAUUCUCCGAUUCGGUGUCGUCUCCGAUAAUUGCGAGGGCUUUUGUUCGGAGGAAUCUUGCGAGCACGGACUGAGGUGUAGGCUCACAAUCCGCGUAGUGAUUUUCGGUUCUUCUGUGGUAGUGCGAGGCUGGAUAAUGUUCGUACGGUUUUACGUGGAUUCAUUUUUUCGACAGUGGAAGUGAGUAGUGCUGAUUGUUACCUACCAAAUAUACGAGUCUCAAUGGUCUGUCCACUUGGAAAUGGGACGAUGGCCGUCAUGGCAAGGCUUCUGGCGGGCGUGAAUGUCUCACAGAGCAUAACAGAAGGAGUUGGCCAUCACAAGUUUGCUGCUCAAAUAAUCUGCAGAGAAUUAAGUGAGGCAAAUGAAGCUAAUUUACUUGAUGAAGAAGGUGAUAUCUUUAAUUAAUUCGGACACGGCUUUAAUAAAGAAGUGUACUUGUUCUACGGUCACGAGAUAUGCAUGUGUUUGGUUUGAAGCCGAUGGAUGAUCCUCUACAUUUGGUAUGUUGCAAUGGUUGUAAAAAACCGGUCAAGGCCAGUCAGUAUGCAGCUCAUGCAGAACUUUGUAGGUUAUUAAAAUCUACGCAGGAAACUACUUUGGAGCUUGAUGGAAGUAUGGGGCAAAGGAAGCCUCCAAGAAAGGAGAGGAAAAAGUCAUCAACUGCUCAUGCUAACCAGGCCACUUUAGUUGGAGAGCUAGAACGAUCUGAAUAUGUAGAUGGAGACGAUAACUCUGUGUCACAAUUCCAGUUGGAUGGGCAAAUUGGAAUGAAUCCUGGCUCUUUUAUGGAGGCAAAAAUGAAUUCAGCUUAUGCGGACGCGACGUACAUGAUUGAUGGUUCUGGAGUUAGUCCAGGAAAUACUAAUGGCUCAACAUCUGUGACCCUUCCACCGACAAAACGAUUUAAAAUGAUACCAGGUCAGCAGCUGCCUUUAUCAGAUGAUAUAGGAACAGCAUCUGCUGUAUCAAAACUUGCAAGUACUGAGGAUGCAUAUCCUUAUAGGGAUUCUCCAAAAGGAGCCAUUUCUGCUCUUAAAUAUAAGAAGUCCGGGCAAGCCCUUGAUUGCUGCCUGCCAAUUAAAGAUUGUCCUCUUCCCCUGGCUACUAAAGUAUAUUACUCUCAAAGAGGCAAUCGGCUCCGAUCAGAUCUUAGUCAUCUAUACCAUGAGGCAAUGGCAUCAACUGAGGAGCUUUGUAGUGACAUGAGAGACUCACAGCCUUUGCCUUCUUUGCGGAAACCUGACCAAAUUCUCACACAAAAUUCAGAAGUUUGUUUGGAGAACUCAAUAGGUUACCUGCCUGAUGGUGACUUCUCAAAUCAGUUUCCUGUGGAUAAUGUUCCAAGGCCUCAGGUGGCUGGCGUUGGUUUAGCAACAAGCAAAAUUCUUUCAAAACCUUAUUCUUUUGCGGGUAACUCAGGACAAUCAUUGGGGACCAUGCAACAGAAAACUGGCAGCGUUCCCGUUAUAUAGGAGUGCUGGUAGGAAUUUUUGCUUCGGUUAAGGUUUAAUUUUGACCUAAUACUUGAGGUUAGGACUUAGGUUUCAUUUUGAAAUUGACUAAACUCAUCAUUAAAAUGUUCAUUCUAGGCCUCUACAUAAUAGUCAACACUGAACUAUGUUUGUAUAUCAAUUGCUGUGCACGCUGUCCUAAGUUUCCGUCGAACAAAUGCUACUCUUGAAUUUGUAAAUAUGAAUACUUGGAAUCUUUUUAAUUGAUGCAAUAUUCUUUCUGUUA